AUGGUAUACCUCGCACAGAGUAACUUUUGCUUGCUGGUCCUGGUCAAUUUCAUCUACCUCAUAUACGGCACCAUGAUAUAUGGUUUGCAACGACUCUUGUAUGGCCCACUACGACAAGUUGAGGUCGAACAGCUCUCUGAAAGGGCGUGGUUUGCCAUAACAGAAACCUGCCUUGCGAUGACGAUAUUUCGGGAGGAGAUUGGCGCAUGGUUCCUCGUCAUGUUCACUGCCCUAGUGACUGGGAAGGUCUGGGGUUGGAUUGGUGACGGCCGUGUCGAGGUUCUUGAGCAGCAGCCGCCGACUAACCCUGGUCUCUUCCAUACUAGACUCAGCAUCUCGCUUCUGUUGAGCCUGGUCUAUGACAUAUGGCUUCUCCGGUAUACGGUGAAUACUGUUAUCCAACAGGCGCGACCCAACAUGAUGGUUAUGUUUCUUUUUGAGUUCGCUGUUCUGGCGACUUGCUCAGCACGAACAGGAAUCCGUUACAUGGUUUCAGUCAUGGAACAAAACAUAAUUAAGACACAGACAAGACAGCGUCUGGAGGAACGGCGGCGACAGUUGCGCGAGGAACGGGAGGAGCUCUUGCGGCAGAGAGAGCACGACGGGGGUACGAGUGAUAAUGCAGACCUCCCACCUGAAGAAGAUGUCGAUGAAAUGGAUAUUGAAGUUCCGGGGUGGGAGGCAAAGGGUCAAUGGAUUCUGAUCUUGGAUCUCAUUGCUGAUUGCGUCAAACUCGCCAUCUACCUUGUAUUCUUCGGCAUCCUUCUCACCUUCUACGGCUUACCCAUCCACAUCAUGCGGGACUUGUUCAUGACCGCGCGGUCCGUCAUCAAGAGAGGGUCGGCUUUGUGGCGAUACCGCAAAGCUGUUGAAGAUAUGAACAGAUAUCCCGAUGCCACCCAGGAAGAGCUCUCGCGGGAGGACACUUGUAUUAUCUGCCGAGAAGAGAUGCGGCCAUGGGACCCCAGUGCUGGGGCCGUUGAACGUGUGCGCCCCAAGAAACUUCCUUGCGGACACAUUCUGCACUUCGGGUGCCUCAAGAGUUGGUUGGAACGCCAGCAAGUGUGCCCUACCUGCCGAAGUCCUGUUGUCGUCAACAAUAACGCUGCAGCGCCACAGAAUCGGGAAGCCGUGCUAGCCAGGAUCGGUCUCGGUGGACUCGGAGCUCCGGCUGCUGCUCCGGCGGGACAGCAGCCACCUCCAGAUAACGCGCCCGGUGCUGCUCCAGGAGGACAACCGGCGCAGCAGGCACCACGCAAUGGCGCCGCGAGAGUCUUUCAGCUGGGUCCGCUUCGUCUGGGGUUCGCUCAAGGAGACAAUAUGCAGCAACUGGCCCAACAAAUGGGAGUCCCUCCUGAGGUGAUUCCCACACCGCUAGCUCAGGGUGGCCCCGCCGGUCCGUUCGUACCAGCAGCACAGACGCCAGGUAGUAACAACAUGUCGACGAUCCGUCAACAGGUACAGCAGCUCGAGCAGAUGAUACAGCGAGAGGUCCAGUCUCUUCAGCACAUGCAUCAAGAGUUCCAGACGCUCCAACUUCUUACCGCGGAGUUGGGUCGUAUCCGCCAUUUGCAGCAGCAACAGGAACUGAUGCAAAAUGCAUCGCCUUAUCCCGCCACGACCCCAGCCAUUAAUCUCGGAACAAGCCAAAAUCCAUUUUCAACAAUGCCAUUGUCGCAGGUGCCGAUCCACCCGACACUACGGGUUAACGCACCUGUUGUGACGAGGCACGGGCCCGCAAAUCAUCCCAAUGUAAUACCUGCCGACAGCGCCGAACUUCCAGAAGGCGUUAUUAUCCCUCCUGGUUGGUCACUCCUACCGCUACAGCGGCUAGAUGGGGCGGGGGUUCACUUAUCUUCUCACACACUUCCUGAGUCUGUACCGUCCGCCUCCGGCGAGACUCAAACUUCAGAGGCUCCCGUGCCCAGUACGCAACAUGUCAUUGGCGCUACCCAAGGCGCGGACACAAACACUUCUACAGUGCGAGCUACAGCUAGCCUCCACUCAGGCCGGGUCAAUGAGCAAGUGCCCCGUCAGGAAACUGCUUCUGGGUCUAAUUUGCCGAUGAACCAAGUUGAGUCGCCUCCUGUCCUCGCUCCGAACCCGGUGCUCCCCAAUUGGGGCGGUGCGAACCAACUUUUUGGCAACGAUCGAGGCUUAUCGGGCCUGGGAAACUUGGCACCAUCUGAGCCAUCCGCUGAAGAGUCCAGAAGGGAUGCAUCUGCCACAAGAAGCCCUGAGACGGCAGCCGUCUCAACGCAGGAGGAGGUUGUCGAAGAGACUAGCAGCAAGGGGAAGGGCAAGGCCGUUACAGUCGAGGAGGCCGACGACGAGUAA